CGUAGUGUCUAUUACCACCAGCUACGGAUAUCCGUGCCCAUAAGUUAUUUACCUAACUAAUAUGUAUAUAAUAUAUCCGUGCCUAUACUAGCCGUGUCUCGGAUUGAUAAUUUUAUCUCGUAUGGUCUCAUCCUGUGAUGCACGGAUUGGCCAUGCCUUUAAUGGAUUCGAGUUAGCACACGUCUGCGGGUUUUUGGCCCCUGCGUUCACCUUGUGAUCCUUAAAGGCAUGAAUAUCCGUGGCUGGUGGUAAUAGCCUCUCUCAUACAAUAUACCUGGAAGUAAAUAAUUUUUUCAUUUGUAUGCUCGGAUAAUGGACAUACAUGGAAUUAUAAGAUUCAAUAAAGAUGAACUGAAGAAUCUAGAAAAAUCAGUUAACUUACAACAUCCGAAUAAUAAACAAAAGUGGGGAUCAGUAACAGAAUGGGCAAUAGAAAGACAUACUCGAAAACCAAACAAGAAUCGACUGGAAACAAUACACGAAUUUAUUAUAGAAGAGAGUAAACUCUGUGAUAUAAAACGGAAGUAUUCAAAAUCCAUUUUUGAACCAUUUUCUCAAUUUGAACCAUUUGAGGAUCGAGAAAUAUAUAAAUAUAUUUUAAUACAUAAUUAUGAAGGUGAAGUUGUUGGUAAAAAGAUAUGGCAGGAAAUGGAGAUGGCUAUUUUUCCAAAUCGUAAAUGGAAAAGUUUAAGGAAGCGUUAUCUCCAACGUUUAAUCAAAGAACCUUUGCUUAGUCAAUUUGUUACAGCAAAAGGUAAAGCAAUUUUAUUAAAAAAGUUUAAAAAAAAUAAAAAUAAUAAAAAUAAAAAGAACAAAAUAAAACAAAAUGAACGUGAUGAUUUUUCAAUAAAAAAGCAUAUAAAAAUUAUUUAGCUGUAAACUUAAAAACCAGUUUACAGCUAAAUAAUAUAAAUAACUAAAGAGAUAUAAUAUAUAUUAUAAGUAUCAAAUCCUAGUAAUCGAAUACGACUUUUGAUUUUUUGUAAAAAAUAUGCUAAUAUUAUAAAAAUGAAUAUUACGUCAAAUAAAAAAAUAAAAACUAUUAUUAGCCCUUUUAAAAGCAUUCCAAACGAUUUCCGAAAAGUUUAUGUAAGUCUAUUCAAACGCGAAUUCAGAGGGGGGUGGGCAAUCAAAGCAGUUACCCCCUUUGAAAAAUAAGUAACCUAUAAUCGAAAG